AUGGCCCGAAGGACAAGCGUUGAACGGCCGAGCGCAGAGGAGGCCCUCAAUCUCGCCACAGCCCAGUCUGAAAAUGUCUUCUUAUUCGUCCCCAACCUCAUAGGCUACACUCGUGUUAUUCUCGCUGGAGUGUCUCUUCACUUCAUGAGCUACCAUCCCAUCUAUUGUACUAUUGCUUAUUGCAUCUCGUGUCUUCUUGAUGCCGUCGACGGCCAGGCUGCUCGUGCUCUUGGUCAAACCUCCAAAUUUGGCGCUGUUCUUGAUAUGGUGACCGACAGAUGCACAACUUCGUGUCUUCUGUGCUAUCUGGCGUCUGCCUACCCCGACUUCGCUCUCCUGUUCCAAUUCCUUAUUGCUCUCGACUUCAGUAGCCACUACAUGCAUAUGUAUAGCUCUCUCGUCACCGGGUCUGUCAGUCACAAGCAAGUCAAUAGCGACGUCAGCAACAUUCUGUGGUGGUAUUAUAACAAUUCUACGACUUUGUUCCUUGUUUGUGCCGGAAACGAGUUGUUCUUCGUCUCCCUUUAUCUCAUGAAGUGGAUCUCGCAGCCUAUUGGCCUGGCGAUGCCUUCAACCCUUGUCGAGAAUGAGCCACCUGUCGAGCCCCCAAUAAUCGAAGCCUCUGCCUCACCACCCGAGGCGCCAACAGAAGAGCCAGAACGCGUAAAACGCAAGACACGCCUUGCCCUUCCUACUCGGGAUCCGGAAACUCCCGUCGAACUACCUGAAGGCUUGGACCUCGAAAUUCUUUGGAGGCCAGAGUCUGACGCGGGCCCAUCCGACCAGUCCGCUUUACCGCCUCCGGAAAUAUUUGAAGAGGCGUUGCACAACUUGAACAUCACACUGCACCCCCAAAUUCAGCAUCGUGCAACUUACCCAUCGCCGCUUGGUCCUUUGGUGGAGCCAACGUUGGCACUGUACUGUCCCAUCGAGGGUGGUGACUAUGUUAUAGACGCGACGGUACGAGAGCUGGCACGACGAAUCAAUGCGGAGGUCCUCGUGUUGGAUGCCGUCCAACUGGCAGCUGGAGAGUGGGGUGUCUUUGGAAAAGCUGCAAAUGCGCUCCAAUUACCUCGAAAUCCACUACACUUUCCAUCCAACCCAGCUGGGACGCGUGCCUCUUCUUCCGCGGAGGAUCAAGAAGACGAUAUGGAUAGCGGCUCUCCUCCUCUCACGCCAACGCAAAUGACAUUGACGCUCUUAAAUCCCCAGUCUGGCCGGUCAAUCGUGGCUAGUGCUGCUCGACGAACUGCCCCUGCUACCAAGAUCUCCACUUUUUUUGAGACCGUGGUCAACACCUCAUCAUCGGAUGAACAAGUCCGGCCUCGCCUGGUUUAUAUUCGAGAUUUCCCGACCCUUUCGCCGUCAUCGACAGCAUGGUACCCAUCCCUCUUGUCGUCCGUCCGUGCACGCAGAAGACGCACGCUUUCACGAACUACCGCACCAAUAACCCAUCCCGUGACAAUUGUCUUCGGUAUAACACCCCCGCUUGUCCCAAGAGGAGUUUCUACAGCACCGCCGCCAACAACAACAAGGCGAACAGGUGCCAACAACAAGGGCGGCGAAUGGAGCGAGGACCCAAACAGUGACCGCGCCAGAGAAAAACGACUCCGGGAACGGUUACGACGAUGGGAGCGCGGUGAAGGUUUACAGGCCGAGCUGCUGAAAGCAGCGCCAGACAUAGAUAAUGCUGGUAAUGGCGAAGGCAAUCCAGGCGUCAUCAUUAUCGGCAACUCCAGCGCCAUGAUUGCCCAUCCCCCAGGCGAAUCUGGUAACCGCGAGAGCAGCUCAGACCCAGAGUCGUUGUUCUUCAGGACUUCUGUUGUUGUUCCAGGAUUCCGCUCUUUGAUUGAGGAGCGAUCGUGUCGGGUAAAACGGCGGCGUGAAAUCAACGAACUCACGAUGAGGAUGGGUGUUGGGUCAGUGGGUGGGGCCAUUGACAAGGACAGCGCGGGAUCCGUCUUUGAGUCUGCUGGACCAAGUGCAAGCUCAGAAGAAUCGCAAUCUCCCCAACGACAAAUGUGGGAAGACUGGGGAAACAGGGUCGAAGCGUGGCCAACUGUGCGAGCAGUUAGUGACCGUGCAGUUGGCCGUGCGGUUGUUACGUCUUUGGCAACGGAGGUAGAGACGGAAAGGCGUCCAAUGGACUCGACACGUGUCACAUGGCAAGACAUUGACAAUGCCUGGGCUACCCAUAGGGCCAGUCGCGGCCUGAGAAAAAUGUGGAUGAAGGAGGCAACAAAAUCUACCUCACAGGAGCAGGAGGAGGAUGAUCACAGCGACGAUGAAGCAACGGAGCCAGAGCCUGUAGAUGAAAUUGUGGAGAGAGUGAGGAACGACGAAGAUUUAGAUGCCCACGAAAAACAACUGCUUUCUUGCAUCGUCGACUCUGCCACAAUGCCAACAUCCUUCCGUCAAGUUCAUCUACCAAGCCAUACGAUCGACUCGGUCCGGACUAUCGUAUCACUCCCCCUGCUACACCCGCAGGCCUUCCAGCAAGGCAUCUUGAAGGAGCAUGGCAUGACUGGCUGUCUUCUAUUUGGACCCCCCGGUACAGGAAAGACGCUUGUCGUCCGAGCAUUGGCCAAGGAGGCCGGCUGUCGUAUGCUUUCAAUCACUCCUGCGGAUGUGUUGGAUAUGUAUGUCGGCGAGGGCGAGAAACUAGUCAAGGCCGUUUUCUCGCUGGCUCGACGGCUUGCGCCGUGUGUCAUUUUCCUCGAUGAGAUUGACGCUCUUUUUUGCGUGUUGACGGAAUUUAUGCAAGAAAUGGAUGGGUUGCGGUCCUCCAAAGAAGACAACGUGAUUGUUAUUGGCGCUACCAACCGGCCAUUCGAUUUGGACGAUGCCGUCCUCCGUCGUCUUCCUCGCAGACUACUAGUUGACCUUCCUGGCGAACCCGAACGAGCAGAAAUCCUCAAUAUUCUUCUGCGCGACGAGACUCUUGGCCCCGAUACUGACACGAAGAGUAUCGCAAAGAAAACGGAGGGCUUCUCUGGGUCUGAUCUGAAGCAUCUUUGCGUGUCCGCCGCUCUUGACGCUGUGAAAGAGAACGUUGUCGUUCCUUGGUCAUCCACACCUCCAACUGUUGAAGACAGCCAACAUGAUGCCUCGUCUGAAACAGUUCCUCCACCGUCUUCAGUCCCCCGUGUUUUGCAUUUACGACACUUCACCAAAGCGCUGAAGGAGAUCACCCCUUCCGCCUCCGAAUUCUCUGGGACGCUUUCAGAGCUGCGUAAUUGGAAUCAAGAAUUUGGCGAGGGGCGAAACUCGUCCAAAAAACGACAGCAGGUCUGGGGCCGCGACCGUUUCGGAUUCACAGAGAAAAUGAGGGUCCCCGAAGAACACGGAAGGGUAUUACCAUCUGGUGGUAGUGCAUAG